AUGUAUGCCAAAAUUGAGACUGAACGACUUAACUGGAUCCGUAAUAACCAAAAAAAGCUGAGAAGUGAGGAAUAUGUUCUUUUAAAGGAUGCUUUGACGAAAAAUGAUGGACAAUCAUCAACUAUCGGAAAAAUGGUUGUGUUACCUUCUUCUUUUACUGGUGGACCCCGUUAUAUUCAUGAGCGAACUCAGGAUGCAAUGACAUAUGUUCGACAUUAUGGACGGCCAGAUUUGUUUAUUACUUUCACCUGCAAUCCCAAGUGGCCAGAAAUAACAGAGCUUUUGCGUCAAGGUCAAAAAUCACAUGAUCGACAUGACAUUGUAGCGAGAGUUUUUAAUGUAAAAGUAAAACAUAUGAUGAAGCUUCUUACAGUGGGUAGUAUUUUUGGUAAAACAAAAUGUCAUAUGUACACUAUCGAAUGGCAGAAACGUGGACUUCCUCAUGUUCACAUUCUACUGUGGUUGGAAGAAAAAAUAAGAUCUGAGUCUGUUGACCAAAUUAUAAGCGCUGAAUUACCUGAUCCUAACCUAGAUCCAGAUCUUUUUGAAAUCAUAAAAUCAACCAUGAUUCAUGGUCCAUGUGAAACUGUCACUGGAGACGAUGGCUAUCCUCAGUAUCGCAGACAAUCUCCAGCAGAUGGUGGAAUGAAAAUAACCCUUAACGGAGUUGAAGUUGACAAUAGAUGGGUAGUCCCGUACAAUCCCGUUCUGUCCCGUACUUUUAAAGCUCAUAUUAAUGUGGAAUAUUAUAAUUCUGUUAAGUCUAUUAAAUACAUUUGUAACUACCUUAAUAAAAGAUCUGACCGAGCAGCGUUUACCGUUGAGGAUUUUGAUGAGGUGAAAAAGUACCAAGCAGGACGUUACAUUAGUAGUUCUGAAGCGGUUUGGCGCAUACUUUGUUUUUCUAUUCAUGACAGAUUUCCUUCUGUCAUGCAUCUUGCUGUACAUCUUGAAAACGGUCAACGAGUUUACUUCACAGAAGGAAAUGUAAUUGAUAAAGUUGUUAAUUCACCAAAGACAACUCUAAUGGCUUUUGUUGAACUUUGCAACUGUGAUAAUUUUGCAAAAACUCUUUUUUACUUUGAAGUUCCGGCUUACUAUGUAUGGAAGAACAACCACUUUGAAAGGCGGAAAAAAGGUAAGUAG